ACAUCGAAGAUAAGCUUAUUGCUAGACUCUGUUCGGGUUAAGAAAAUUCAAUGUAUUGGACAAGAAGCUUUGAGCUUCUAGAAGCACGGCUGUGAUAGGAUUCAAAGAAAACAACUGCACUUUUAGCUGAGCUCAUUGGUAGGACAAUGAGGAGGAAAAGCUUCUUUAAAGUGUUAUUGUGGCUCACAGGCGCUUGUGUAAUUGCUCUAGGUUAUGUAUUCUACACAUUUCAUAGCAAAACAUUUCGUUUACAACAUUUGGUAAAAUCAACAACUUUGGCGGACAACUUAAUCGCGGAAAAUCUGCCUAUAAUCAUUUCCAAAUCACCCAUAAAUGAUGAUCAAAAUGCCUCGGACAUUCCAACCCGAAGAACCACCGAUCCAACCCGAAGACCCGCCGAUAAAACCCGAACAUACGCCGAUACAACCCGAACAUCCACUGAUCCAACCCGAAGACCCGUCGAUAGAACCCGAACAUCCGCCGAUACAACCCGAAGAUCCACUGAUCCAACCCGAAGACCCGCUCGGCGAAGCUUGUUGAUUUUCGGCCAUGAUCGCUCUGGUACGACGUUCAUAAGCGCAAUGUUUGCUAAGGAUCCGCAAAUAUUCAUGGUUUACGAGCCACUAUGGAUAACACAAAGAUGGGAAUAUUAUGAACCUGAUUAUAAAUGCUCAAAGUGCGAACUUCAGGUGGUAAGUUCAAUAGUAGCUUGCAAUUUCACCCGCUCUUCUGUUUCAACAAAGUUUCUGUCGUACAUCUCUUACCCAUGGACAGGCGCUUUACCAGUUGAUAUUUUCAAAUCGCCAAAGUUUUGCAACACAAAAAUGGAUCUAAAAACCGAAAUGGAUUGUCCCGUGCUUGGAAAACAUCCAGAAUUUGUAGAUAAAGUUUGCUACUCCAAGUUCAAGCAUAGCGUGGUCAAGGUGUCGCCCGUUCGGCUUCCUCAGGAGAAACUGGCGAAUCUUGUUCCGCAGGUUUUACUGGAAAAUCCGGAUAUCGACCUACGUGUCCUGCAUCUAGUUCGAGAUCCUAGAGGGGGCAUCAAUUCUCGGAUCAAUAUAAAAUGGAUGAAAGAUUACCCGAAUCCUGAUCUCGCUCGCACUGCGAGGAAACUCUGUGACACAAUAGUAGGUAAUUUACAACACGCAGAUCGGACAUUAACGGAAUUGAAACUCAAACACAAAUAUAAAAUGGUUUUGUACAAGCAGAUCGCAGAUGAUCCUUUAGGCACGUCAAAGGAUAUUUACAAUUUUGCUGGAUUUGACAUGCCAGGAGAAACAGAAAAGUGGAUAGUUGAGAGCACAACGCCCAGCAAAAAGAAGCUGAGAGAAGAACUAAAACAACCCUUUUCUACAGUGAGAAAUGCAACAGGCAAUGCUGACAAGUGGCGACAGGAUGCCUUUUUCCAAAGGAACAAAGUCAUCGAGAGAGAAUGCAAACCACUGAUGGAUUUGCUGGGUUUGGAAAGAGUUUCCGAACCAGAUGGACUAAGUCCAAGUGCAGUGUUGGAAAUUAAAUUUUGACACCACUGGCCAUUCGGGCGAGUGACUCUCAUAAUGCAGUCGCCCGGUGUAAUUUUCACUCGCCCAGAGAGGUGCCUCCCCUCCCC